CUUUUCCCCCAGCGAGCUGCACUGCUGCUAAUUAACCGCAAGCGGCCGUCGUCUUUCCGCUCCUCAAAAAAGCAGCCGAGGGGGGGUGGUCACUGGAGGCGGAGACAGAGGGAGGGAGCAGCGCCAGCAGCACCAGCGAUAGUGGGGGGGGAGCUCGGACGAGGCCUAGGGUUUCCGGAGCCCGCCUCCUCCUGCGCCGCCGUUCGCCGAGCUUGCUCAGCAGCGGCCAUCAUGGUUAGGAAGAAAAGAACUGGUCCUGGCAGCCCUGGUGAGAGUUCUGGGGAAGCUUCGGGAGCUUCUGGACAGGGUUCCUCGCAGCGAGCUGAGAGAGCUCCUCAACAGCAUGGUGGAGGACGUGGUUUGGCACCGCAACACGGUAGCCGUGGUGGGGGGCAACAUCAGGGCCGUGGUGGGCACUAUCAGGGGUAUGGAGGAUCAGCUUCACACCAUCCAGGUGGUGGCCCACCUGAAUAUCAACAGCGUGACUAUCAGGGGCGUGGACAUCCCGGUGGCGGUCCACCUGAAUAUCAACAUCGUGACUAUCAGGGGCGUGGACAUCCGGGGGGUGGCCCACCUGAAUAUCAACCACGUGACUAUCAGGGACGUGGUGGUGCACGCCCCAGAGGUGGUGGAGUGCCGCAGCCAUACUAUGGUGGGCAUAGGGGAGGUAGUGCUGGACGUAAUGUUCCUCCAGGUCAAUCAAGAACAGUUCCCGAGCUGCACCAAGCCCCCCAUGUCCAAUAUCAAGCCCCGAUGGUUUCACCAUCUGCAUCGGGAGCUGGCUCAUCCUCUCAGUCUGUGGCAGAGGUGAGCAGUGGACAAGUUCAGCAACAGUUUCAGAAUUUUGCGAUCGUCGAUCAAAGUUCAACAAGCCAAGCCAGUCAACUGGCACCAGCAUCAAGCAAAUCAGUUAGAUUUCCGUUGCGCCCUGGAAAGGGUACACAUGGGGAUAGGUGUGUUGUGAAGGCAAACCAUUUCUUUGCUGAGCUCCCUGAUAAAGACCUUCACCAAUACGAUGUCUCCAUAACUCCAGAGAUUACAUCACGUGGUGUCAAUCGUGCUGUGAUGGCAGAACUUGUUAGGCUGUAUAGACAUUCUCAUUUGGAUGGACGGCUACCUGCCUAUGAUGGAAGGAAGAGCCUAUAUACGGCUGGGCCAUUGCCAUUUCCUUCAAGGACAUUUGAAAUUACUCUGCACGAUGAAGAAGAAACCCUUGGUAGUGGUCAAGUCGCACCAAGGCGUGAGAGACAAUUCAGGGUGGUGAUCAAGUUUGCUGCUCGUGCUGAUCUCCACCAUUUGGCUAUGUUUCUAGCUGGAAGGCAACCUGAUGCACCCCAAGAAGCUCUUCAGGUGCUUGACAUUGUGCUGCGUGAACUGCCUACUGCCAGGUAUUCUCCAGUUGGCCGAUCAUUUUAUUCCCCGAACUUAGGAAGACGUCAGAAACUUGGUGAUGGUCUGGAAAGCUGGCGUGGAUUUUACCAAAGUAUAAGACCUACGCAGAUGGGGCUUUCGUUGAAUAUUGAUAUGUCUUCUACUGCAUUUAUCGAGCCUCUUCCUGUGAUUGAUUUUGUUGCUCAGCUUCUGAGCAGAGACAUCUCAGUUAGACCCCUAUCUGAUUCAGAUCGUGUGAAGAUUAAAAAAGCCCUAAGAGGUGUAAAGGUUGAGGUUACACAUCGAGGAAACAUGCGUAGGAAAUACCGUAUAUCUGGACUAACUUCACAAGCAACACGAGAGCUAUCAUUCCCUGUUGAUGAUCGGGGUACUGUGAAGACAGUGGUGCAAUACUUCCUGGAGACCUAUGGUUUUAAUAUUCAGCACACCACUCUACCUUGCUUGCAAGUGGGCAAUCAGCAAAGGCCCAAUUACCUUCCUAUGGAGGUUUGUAAGAUUGUUGAAGGACAACGUUACUCGAAACGACUGAAUGAGAAACAGAUAACUGCUCUACUGAAAGUGACUUGCCAGCGCCCUCAAGAGCGUGAGAAGGACAUCUUGCAGACAGUGCAUCACAAUGCAUACUAUGAAGACCCAUAUGCACAGGAAUUUGGCAUAAAAAUUGAUGAGCGACUUGCAUCGGUUGAAGCUCGUGUUCUGCCUCCGCCAAGACUUAAAUACCAUGAUAGCGGCAGGGAGAAGGAUGUUUUGCCCAGGAUCGGCCAAUGGAACAUGAUGAACAAGAAAAUGGUGAAUGGUGGUAGAGUCAGCCACUGGGCAUGUAUAAACUUCUCUCGGAAUGUGCAAGAUAGUGCUGCCAGGGGUUUCUGUCAUGAGCUUGCUAUAAUGUGCCAAAUAUCUGGAAUGGACUUUGCACCUGAACCUGUGCUGCCCCCACUUACUGCGAGACCUGAACAUGUAGAAAGAGCACUAAAGGCGCGUUAUCAAGAUGCCAUGAAUAUAAUCAGACCCCAGGGAAGAGAACUUGACCUGCUAAUUGUAAUACUGCCUGACAAUAAUGGUUCUCUUUAUGGGGAUCUCAAAAGGAUUUGUGAGACUGAUCUUGGAUUGGUAUCUCAGUGUUGUCUGACGAAACAUGUUUUUAAGAUGAGCAAGCAGUAUCUGGCAAAUGUAGCUCUUAAGAUUAAUGUUAAGGUUGGCGGAAGGAAUACUGUACUUGUGGAUGCCUUGACCAGGAGGAUUCCCCUUGUCAGUGACAGACCAACAAUAAUAUUUGGUGCUGAUGUUACACACCCUCAUCCUGGAGAAGAUUCCAGUCCUUCCAUUGCUGCUGUGGUUGCUUCCCAAGACUGGCCUGAGGUCACUAAGUAUGCAGGAUUAGUUAGCGCCCAAGCCCAUAGGCAAGAAUUGAUACAGGAUCUUUUUAAAGUAUGGCAAGAUCCCCAAAGAGGAACUGUGACUGGUGGCAUGAUCAAGGAGCUUCUCAUUUCUUUCAAGAGGGCAACCGGACAGAAACCCCAGAGAAUCAUAUUUUACAGGGAUGGUGUCAGCGAGGGCCAGUUCUAUCAAGUUCUUCUGUAUGAACUUGAUGCCAUUAGAAAGGCAUGUGCGUCCUUGGAGCCCAAUUACCAGCCCCCAGUUACUUUUGUAGUUGUCCAGAAGCGGCAUCACACCAGGCUUUUUGCUAAUAACCACAAUGAUCAACGUACUGUUGAUAGAAGCGGAAACAUACUGCCUGGCACUGUUGUUGAUUCAAAGAUUUGCCAUCCGACCGAGUUUGAUUUCUACUUGUGUAGCCACGCUGGCAUUCAGGGAACAAGCCGUCCUGCUCAUUAUCACGUACUAUGGGAUGAGAACAAGUUCACUGCUGAUGAGUUGCAAACUCUAACAAACAACUUGUGCUACACGUAUGCUAGGUGCACCCGCUCUGUAUCAAUUGUGCCUCCAGCAUAUUAUGCACAUUUGGCAGCCUUCCGGGCUCGGUUUUACAUGGAGCCGGACACCUCGGAUAGUGGGUCCAUGGCAAGUGGUGCCCGUGGCCCUCCACAGGGUGGACGCAAUAACAGGGCGUUUGGGAAUGUUGCUGUCAGGCCCCUCCCCGCCCUGAAGGAAAACGUGAAGCGUGUCAUGUUUUACUGUUAAGGUGGCCGUGGUUACUGCUUACACUAUUAUGCAAACCUGAAUCUAUUUGACUGAGUUUGGGUGUGUUAUUUGCACUGCAUUGGUGGCGCUGGGAGAACACCGCCGUGCAAACUUCCGUCGUUGUGCCGUGUGAAACUCUGUGUAACCAUCUACCUAUUUGUGUUGGUAUCUGAACCACCAUAUAUUAUGAAAUUGUUUUCAGUUUGGAAA